GAGGGGGUUUGGGAGUUUAGUGAAAAGGAGGGAAGUUAGCAAGUUGGUAAGAGCAGAGAGACCCGAUUUCUUGUUUCUACAGGAGACAAAAUUGGAGAUGGUAGAGGGUGCGUUAUGUAAAAUGUUGUGGUUUUCAGAUGAUUAUGAUUGGGAGAUGAAGGAAUCGAAUGGAGCCUUCGGUGGUUUAUUGUGUAUAUGGAAUUGGUUUGAGUUUGUAAAACAGGGGGUCAUCUCGGGUAAUGGGUUCUUGCGGAUUAGCGGAGAAUGGGGACCUCAGAAGUUGAAGUGCAAUUUUGUGAAUGUUUAUGCCUCAAAUGACAGGCAGAAGAAAUUGACACUGUGGAAUGAUCUUCGGCAUAUGAUAUUGGCAGAGGAAGGGAGAUGGAUGAUUGCAGGGGAUUUUAAUGCAGUGAGGUGUCCCAACGAGAGGAAGGGUAGGUCAGGGGAGACUCAGGAUAUGAGGGAGUUUGAUGAUUUUGUUGUGUCAACUGGGUUGGUAGAUAUUCAAUUGGCAAAUAGACGCUUUACAUGGUAUCGACCGGAUGGGUCGUCUAUGAGUCGUUUGGAUAGAGUCCUCAUGUCUGGUGAGAUGUAUAGUUCGGGAAAGGGAUGGGUACAGCAUGGACUGAAGAGGACUGUGUCUGAUCAUUGCCCUAUUGUGGUCAAAACAUCAGUAGCUGAUUGGGGACCAAAACCGUUCCGUGUUUUGGAUGCUUGGCAGCAGCACCCGCAAUUCAAGAAGGUGGUCAAGAGUGUAGAACAGAUUGAUUUGAGGAAUGAAGUGAUGGAUUUGGCGAAGGAGGAGGUGGAUCUAAGGAAAGAAGGCUUCCAGCAGUUAUGGGAUAUUAUGUGGAAAAGGGAGGCUAUUUGGAAGCAAAAAUCUAGAAGUGAUUGGGUUAAACUGGGGGAUCAGAACACAAGAUAUUUUCACAAAAUCGCAAAUGGGAGAAAGGCGCACAAUAGUAUCUCGGGAUUAUGGUCUGACGGACAGUGGGUAGAGGAUCCGGAGAUGGUAAAGGAUGAGAUGGUGAAGCACUUCCGCAACAUGUUUCAAGAGGAUGAUUGGAACCGACCCAUUCCUUCAAAUCUGGAGUUCCGGAGAAUUUCGAAAGAUCAGAAGGAAUGGCUUGAAAGGCCUUUCACGGAGGAGGAGAUUGAUGAAGGCUUGAAGAGUUGUGAAGGAAAUAAAGCUCCGGGACCUGACGGCAGGUUAGUGAGGGGUUUGAAUUCGUCCUUUCUUACUUUAAUCCCGAAGAAACUGAGCCCUAGGGAGCUAAAAGACUUUAGGCCUAUUAGUUUAAUUGGCUGUAUGUAUAAGUUGUUAGCAAAGGUGUUAGCUAAUAGGCUUAAGAAGGUGAUGCCGGUGAUUAUUAGCAAAACGCAAUCGGCUUUUGUAGGGGGAAGACAAUUGGUUGAUAGUGUUUUGGUUCUAAACGAAGUUGUGGACGAGGUUCGCAAGAGGAAGCAACCAGCUUUUGUCUUCAAGGCUGAUUUUCAAAAAGCUUACGAUUGUGUUAACUGGUCAUUUUUGGACUGGAUGUCGGGAGCGUUUGGUUUUGGAGAAAAAUGGAGGGGGUGGAUUAAGGAGUGUCUAUCCACUGUCAGGAUGUCGGUAUUGGUAAAUGGUAGUCCGACCAAGGAGUUUGAAAUGGGGAAAGGGCUCAGGCAAGGAGAUCCUUUGUCUCCUUUUUUAUUUUUGAUGGUUGGAGAGGCAUUGCAUGGACUGGUGAAAAAAGCAGAGAAUGAAGGUAUGCUACAAGGGGCAAAGGUGGGUAGGAGGGGGUUGGCGGUCUCAUUGCUACAGUUUGCAGACGACACAGUUAUUUUGGGUGAGGCAAGCAAAGAAAAUAUCCUCACGGUAAAAGCUAUUCUGAGGUGGUUUGAGUUGAUGUCGGGAUUGCGGAUUAAUUUCAGCAAGAGUUGUGUGUAUGGUUUUAACAUGCUGGACAAUUGGGUGAGAGGGGCGGCAAGAGUGUUGCAUUGUAGUGUGGGGAAGACACCUUUUGUUUACUUGGGAAUGCCUGUCGGAGGUAAUCCAAGGUGUAAGAAGUUUUGGAUUCCGGUUGUUAGUAAAUUUCGCCAAAAGCUAGCCGUCUGGAAGUCUGCCUUGCUGUCCUUCGGGGGUCGUCUAACGUUGCUAAACUCGGGGAGAAAAGAAAGAUUUCGUGGGUAAAAUGGGAAGCUAUUUGUUGGAGUAAGGAGCAAGGAGGUUUAGGGGUUCCGGAUCUGCGUCGGAGAAAUUGGGCGUUAUUAGGGAAAUGGUGGUAUAGAUUAGGGGAUGGGAGGGAGGGGUUGUGGAAAAAGGUAGUAAAAGAAAAAUUCUAUG